AUGGCUAUUAAUGAAGAAAUAGGGCAAACAACUUCUGAAAACACUCAUUCUCAAUAUGAUGAAACAUUUGGGGUUGGAAUCAAAGUUGAAGCAAAUCAUCCACUGUAUCUUGCACCUUGUGAUGUAAGUGGUAUCUCUUUGAUUUCUUUCCAAUUAACUGGUACUGCCAAUUAUUCGUUAUGGCUUUGUUCUAUGCGGAUUGCACUAUUAGGUCAUAAUAAGUUAGUGCAAGGUACUUCGUCUGUUCCAGUCUAUUACUCUAGGCUAAAAGAUCUAUGGAAUGAAGCUGAAACCUUAGUGCCAAUUCCUGGGUGUAAUUGUGAAAAGUCAAGAGAUUUCGUGGCUCAUGUUCAGAGACAAAAGUUAUACCAAUUCUUGAUGGGGCUUAAUGAGUCAUAUACUGAAGCAAGGAGCCAAAUCUUGCUUAUGGUUCCUUUACCCUCAGUUAAUCAAGCUUAUUCUACGCUAGCAAGUGAUGAAAAUCAGAAGAGUAUGGUUGCUACUAGUGUUCUUAGUGCACCUCCUAUAGCUCAAUCAAGAAAUGAUGACUCUACUGCAUUAUACAGUGCUAGGCCAUCAUCUGGAAAUGGUCAAAGAUUCAAGAAAACCUAUGAUCUGUAUUUUGAGUUUUGUAAAAUAAAAGGGCAUACAAAAGAAACCUGCUACAAGAUAGUUGGGUAUCCAAAUUACAAGUUUAAGAAGAAAGGACCUGGUGGUCAAUCUUAUUCAACUGCUUACAAUGUGUUGGCUGAUACUCAAAGCUUGCCUCAGAGUCAGGACACAAGCUUCAAUUCAAAUGAACAAAGAAAUGUUCAAACUACUGCUGCUCAAAGUUCAGGCACUCAAGGAGGGUCAAUGCAGAUGCAGAUGCCUAGCCUGUUCACUAAGGAACAAUAUGAACAGAUUCUUAAUAUGCUAAAUACUACUAGUACACCUCUAGCUAACACUGCAGCUCCUACUAAACAAAGAAAAGUUUUCUUAUCCACUGGAGAUAUUGCUUAUGUUACACAUGUUGGUUCUAGUAUUUUGUCUAAAGGACAUCAAAUAGACAAUGUGCUGUAUAUACCCAAGUUCAAAUUUAAUCUGAUGUCAGUUGCUCAGGAUCUCUUUAGUGGGAAGGUGAAAGUGAUUGGUAGAGAAAAGGGUGGUUUGUAUCUGUUGCCUUCAGUAGCUGCAAAUGCAAUAAAGGAUGAAAGCUGUUCACUAACGUCUAAAGAAGUCAUGAAACCUGUUAAUAUGAAUAAAGCUGAUCUAAACUUAUGGCAUAGGAGAUUGGGACAUCCCUUUUCAAAAAUUCUAAAAAAUCUAUUCUCAGCUAGUAUUGAUAGUUGUACUGAUGUGAUCAAAAAUUGUUUUGUUUGUCCUUGUGCUAAAAAAGUGAGGUUACCAUUUCCUAGUGGCAGUAGCAGAAGUUCUAAUAGCUUUGAGUUGUUACAUUUUGAUCAAAAUGGUGCGGCUGAGAGGAAGCACAAGCAUGUUCUUAAAGUCUGUAGGGCUAUAAGAUUUCAAGGUUAUAUUCCAUUGAGAUACUGGGGUCACUGUGUAUUGGCUGCAACAUAUUUAAUCAACAGAAUGCCAUCUACUACUCUUAAUAACAAAUCACCAUAUGAAAUGAUUCAUGGUUCCAUCCUUUCACUGGAUCAUAUUAGAGUUUUAGGUUGCCUAUGUUUUGCCAAAGCUGUAAGUGAAUCUGAUAAACUUAAAUCAAGAUCAAUCACAGCUGUACACAUGGGAUAUUCUAACAGUCAAAAAGGAUAUAUACUUUAUGAUUUGGCUAAUAAGCUGUUUUUUGUCAACAAAGAUGUUGAUUUCAGAGAAUAA